UCUCAGUCAACCAAGAGACGCCGUCUCGCGUGGAUCAACAGGUGUUGUCGUUACCUGUGGAAAACGCGUUCACCAGCAUGGGAGCCGUGUACGUUUGCUGUCUGUUGGCCAUGCUAUCCGUAUUUCUCACGGUGGAAGCUGGUGACAUGAUGCGAAAGAGCAUCGUUUUCGACAAGAACACGCCAGACGUGUUCUACUGUCCGCAGCAGAAACCGACUGGUUUCGAGAAAAUGAUCGUCAAUGCGAAACCGUUGUCCAGACUUUGCCAAUUCGAGGGCAAACCGAUACCGCCCGAUUACAAAAGUGAUUGCUACAACGACGUGGACGAGACCGAAUACGCCUGCAAAGAGAAAUAUAGAAUUAUGAAACGAUUCAGAAAUAUGGAAGGGGAUGUGAAAACUACGGAUGACUUCACCAGCAAAUAGAUGAGAAAAUUAUUGCUGCACGGCCGAGCCAAUUUUGCAAAUACCGGCUCCUUCCACUAAUGCUCAAACUUGCAACCACCAGUUCUAUUACGAGUCAAAUAUUUUUUAUGACGUUUAUUAGAUAGAUUUAACAGUGAAACUCCAUUUAUCACGAUGUCCACUUGUCCCGCAAACGUAUUUAAAUGGAGUUCUGCUGUAGUUUUAAAAACUAAGUGACUCUACGAUUGUUAGAUCGUUGCAUUUACAUUUAUAGAUGGAAAUUAGUACAAAUCUUUGCAAUGAUUCAAUCGUAUUAACGAAACAUGUAUCGCAUGUAAUAGUCUUUAUGGAGUUCACGCUUUUUUAACUCGAAAUUGUCAAGUUUUAUAUUUUUUUAAUUGUAAGAUCAGACCGGUGCUAUGUAGUUUUCGAGCUUGGUGCCGGAAUAUUUAUAGAUUUUUUUUUGUAACAAUAUUAAUAAAACUAACAGUCGACGGAU